UCUCCAAAGUUUCGUCGUGGGCGCAUGAGACUGCCUGUGAUGCGAAUCGGGCAAGUGUUUUCAUCGGAGAGGUUGAAGAGAAGUUGACCCUUGCAAGCAGGCAAACUACACCAGGCAUCAUCUUGAGGUGCUGAAAUCAACCCGGUCAAGCCAUCCAUCGCUCUUCCCGUGGUAUUCGCUCGCCCCACUUCGAGACAGUAGUAGGUGCUAUGUUUGCAUCUGUGGUAUCCAACUCCACGUAGGAAGUCACCUCAACACAUAUUCUGUGUAGUUCUAGAGAUUUUGUUUAUCCUCUCCUUUAGCCUGGCCUAAAAUCCUUUUUUAAACCCCUGUUUAGCUAAGUACUCUGGAAUUCACAUCGUUCCUAUGUGGUUCUAGGGAUUUCUGUUAGUCCUAUAGACUUUUCCCGGAAUCUUGGCCAAAUUUCGUCCGCUCCUUUGGCCUGACCUGAAGACCUUUCUUAAAACCCCGUCAAGCCAAGUACCCUAGCACCUCCAUGUAGGAACUCACCCCAACACAUAUUCUGUGUGGUUCCAGGGAUAUUUGUUAUGUCCUACAGACUUUUCGUCCGGCCUGUGACCACCAUCCUGAAUUCCUGACCAAAUUGACUACGCAUUUAACUCAGUGACGCAUGUCCCAACAACCCAGUGGAGAUGUACGGAUUUGAAAUGUGUGGCGUUGAGAGUGUUGGUACGCUCGUCGCCCUCUGCUAUAAAGAUCAGAGUUCCCACAAGGCUUUCCACUUCAUCCUGGCCAAAUGUCCAGCCUGUGGCCACCAUCCUGAAGUCCUAGCUAGAUUUCGCCCGGCUUUUGACCACUAUCCUGAAGUCCUGGCCAGAUUUUGUCCGCUCAUUCGGCCUGACCUGAAAACCAUUCUUAACUUUGUAUUGCGAGUUGAUCGUUCGAGGUCGGAUGGAUGA